AUGUCCACGUUCCCGCAACCGUGGCGCUCGACCGUCUCGCACUGGCAAGCGACGCACCGCGGCCCGACGUCGCUCUGGCUCCACAAUGCCGACAAGGACACGGUCCCGGCCGAAGUGGACAUUCUUAUCGUCGGCGGAGGCAUGACUGGUGCGGCGAUGAGUUACUUCCUCACGCGACCAGGAGCGCAUGGCGCUGGGAAGAAGGUGGUAUGCGUCGAGGCCAAGGACGUGGCGAGUGGUGCCACGGGGAGGAACGGCGGACAUGUCGGGCCCAAGACGUACGUCAUGUGGGACGAGCUAAUGCAGCCGUACCCCCUCGGCCUGGGGUGUGAUGAGGAGGAGGCAUGCCGUAUCACCCAGAGUGAGCGGGACAACCUAGACCUUGUCGCAGAGGUGGUGGAGAAGGAGCGGCUCGAUGUCGAUUUUUGGCGAGGAGACCUUCUCGAGACACACCACUCGACCGAGCGGUCUGCCUGGAGCAAGGAGAAGUACGCGGCAUGGCUGGCUGUGCGCAAGCGCCUGGGCAUGGCACACGACGACACCCGGUUUGUCGAUGACCCUGCAGAGGCCGAGAAGGUGGGUGUGUAUCUCGCUCCAGAUCUGACCCAUCCAGGUCUCACGUCUCAAGGGAUGCACCUCGGUCCACGUGCGCCCAGGUGGCAGUGUUCACUCCUCUGCACAGCCCUCAUGCGCAAGGCUAUCGAAUCGCCUGCGAGCCAGUUCCAGUUUUACUCCUGGACGCCCGUGUCUGGCGUUCCCAUCCGCACCGAAGACGGGCGGUGGAAGGUGACCACGAGCAAGGGCGACAUUCUCGCGCGCCAGGUCAUCCUGUGCACGAACGCGCAUACCGGAAACUUCUUUGCGGAAGCCGACCCCGUGCACUCGCAUAUCACACCGUUCCGCGGCCAAUGCUGCACCAUCACCCCUCCGCCAACGUACUCUGGCUCGCGGAUCCUCAAGAACACGUACAACACGCUCGACGGGCGAUACCUCGUCACAGCGGCUUCGGGGCAGCUCAUCCUCGGAGGAGGGCUCGCACCACUGGUGCGGGACGGCAAGAUCCCCAUUGACGACAGCGUGGGACAAGUGGAUGACAGCGAAAAGGGGAUCAACCCAGUGCUCACCGAUGACCUCUCCAAGUUUAUGCCCGCACACUUCAUUGACUGGGGACCCGAGGCGUACGGCGAGGGCCUGACGCGCACUUGGACGGGUAUCAUGGGCGACUCGCGCGACUCGCUCCCACUCGUCGGCGAACUGCCGGGCAAAGAGGGCCUGUCUGUGGUUGCAGGGUUCUCGGGCCACGGCAUGUCGCGUAUCUUCGUCUCGGCCCGCGCCUACGCCCACACCCUGCGCACAGGAGCAUGGGAUACUUCCCUCCUGCCCUCCAGCUACAAGGUUACCGCCGAACGCCUUGCUCGUGCGCAAACAGCCCAGAAAGAGUUUGAGGCUGAACACGGCAAGGGAGUGGUGGUCAUUGAGGGUCAGGUGUUGGGAGGAAUGGAGAUGAAAGAUCGCCAUGGCGGUCAGUGGAACAGUGUCCCCGCGUCAAGCAGAGCCGUAUCUGCAGACUCAGUUCUCAAGUGA